AUGACUACUAUAAAGCAGAUAGCUCAUCUCGGAUUUGAUUUAGCGCUGAUAUCCAUGGUUCUGGCAGGCCUGCGCAGGAAUACAGGCUGGGUAUUAUCUUACGAGCAAUCAGACCUCAAAAACUAUAUAAAAAGGUAUCUGGAUUGGGGGGAAUCCAUGUUUGGACGCCUGGUCCAGGUGGCAGAAAGAAGUAAGUACUUCCGCAAGGAAACGCCACUAGACGGAUUUUUGAACGGAGUAUUCAAAAGGGUAGAGGAAUUGGGCAGAAGUGCACCAGGAAGACCCAUGAGUCGGAGCGAGUACGUCGAACAGGAAGGACGGUGA